AUGCGGCGAUCAAAUGCUCCGAGCGUUGUUUAUACCAAUCCGCCAAAUGGUACCGUUACAGGCAUCACCCCGGCUCACCUCCAUGAGCAGUCACUAACCUUGUGGGUCAGGGCAGCUGAAAUGCUAGAUUCAAUCGUACCAAUUGAGCAAUACGACACCGAUCCAGACUCCCCCAUGGACUACCCCGACGCUCCUUCGAACCCCCAGAACCCUUAUCUCCGAACACAAGAUCCGCUCGAGGCCGCUCUCGAAGCGCAAGAGUCAUACAAGUACCUCCUUGCGAAAUCUUACUUUGACACCCGCGAAUAUGAUCGCUGCGCCUCAAAAGGGAAAUCGAAGGCCUCAGCAUAUAGUGGUAAAUCGCUGUUUCUCGCGUUGUAUGCUAAGUAUCUGGCGGGCGAGAAGCGCAAGGAUGAAGAGACCGAAAUGGUGUUGGGACCGGCAGACGGAGGUUCGACUGUCAACAAAGAAUUACCAGAUUUGGCGCGAGGAUUAGAAGGAUGGUUUACUGAGCGGCAAGACAAGGGACUGGAAGAGCGCAGCCAGGGAUGGUUGGAGUAUCUGUAUGGUGUUAUACUUCUUAAGGGACGAAAUGAAGACGAGGCCAAGAAGUGGCUUAUCCGGAGUGUUCAUCUGAACCCAUUUCACUGGGGCGCCUGGCAAGAACUAAACGACUUGCUUGCAAGCACAGAAGACUUGAACCAAGUGGUCAAUCUUCUGCCCUUGAAUAUCAUGACCCUCAUAUUCCGCGUAUACUGCAGCCAGGAGCUGUAUCAGGCCACCGAGGAUACCUACCAGUCACUAUCUGAACUGGAAACAAUCUUCCCCACGAGUGCUUUCCUCAAGACCCAAAGAGCAUUGUUAUACUACCACUCAAAAGACUUUGAAGAAGCCUCCAGUAUCUUCACAGACAUCCUCGUUUCAUCUCCCCACCGUCUCGACAGUCUCGACCACUACUCCAACAUCCUAUACGUGAUGGGCGCGCGCCCGCAGCUCGCAUUUGUCGCCCAAAUCGCGACCGCAACGGACAAAUUCCGCCCCGAAACAUGCUGUGUAGUAGGAAACUACUACUCGCUCAAAUCCGAGCACGAAAAAGCCGUCAUGUAUUUCCGCCGCGCCUUGACCCUGGACCGAAACUUCCUCUCAGCCUGGACCCUCAUGGGCCACGAAUACAUCGAAAUGAAAAACACCCACGCCGCAAUCGAAUCCUACCGUCGGGCAGUCGACGUCAACCGCAAAGACUACCGCGCCUGGUACGGUCUAGGCCAAGCCUACGAAGUACUCGACAUGUCCUUCUACGCCCUAUUCUACUACCAACGAGCCGCAGCGCUACGCCCCUACGACCCCAAAAUGUGGCAAGCCGUAGGAUCCUGCUACGCCAAAAUGGGCCGCAUCGAACAGAGCAUCAAAGCGCUCAAACGAGCCCUCGUCGCUGGCUCCUACUACGCCGAUGACUCCUCCCAAGUAGGAGGAGGAGGACCAGAGCGGAAGAUACUCGACCCCGAAACCCUCCACCAGAUCGCCACGCUGUACGAACGUCUUGGCGAUGACGAAGAAGCGGCCUCGUACAUGGAACUCACGCUUCAGCAAGAGUUGUGGCUUGCGCGGUGGUCUCUGCGUAAUGGGGACCUUGAGCGUGCAGAUCAGCUGGCUGGUGAGUUGUGUCAAGAUGGGGUUGAGGUUGAAGAGGCGAAGGCUUUGAUGAGGGAUGUUCGCGCGCGGAGAGAAGGGGAUGAGUGA